AGACAAACUGACAUAAAGAAUACACAACUGGGUCACUUGAAACCAUACACUCCCAAUACUUAAAUAACUCUUUUUAACAAUAUAUAUAUUUCCUUUCCAACAUGGCUCUCGUUUUUGGAGUGGAGAAGAAGACGGUGCCCACCUACAUGAAAUACGUGAUGGGCGGAACUUCCGGAAUGCUGGCCACUUGUAUCGUCCAGCCAUUGGAUCUCCUCAAAACCCGAAUGCAGAUAUCUGGGACUUUGGGCACUCGCGAGUAUAAGAGCUCCUAUGAAGUCCUUUCGAAGAUUUUCAAGAACGAGGGCAUGCUGUCCCUUUACAAUGGAUUGAGUGCUGGUCUGGUGAAGCAAGCCACCUACUCGACUGCCCGAAUGGGAGUUUUCCAAAUGGAAUUGGACUGGUAUCGCAAGAACUACGAGAGUGAUCCUUCCUUGGUGGCCGCCAUGACCAUGGGCAUUGUGGCUGGUGCCUUUGGAGCCUUCUUUGGCAAUCCGGCGGAGGUGGCUUUGGUUCGAAUGAUGGCCGACAAUCGCCUGAUGCCGGAGGACAGGCGUAACUACAAGAAUGUGGGCGAUGCCUUUGCCAGGAUCGUGAAGGAUGAGGGAGUGCUCGCCCUCUGGCGAGGAUGUCUGCCCACUGUGGGUCGAGCAAUGGUGGUUAAUAUGAUUCAACUAUCCUCCUACUCCAUGAUAAAGAACCAGUUCCGUGAAUUCCUCAAUGAGGGUGUACCGCUCCACCUAAGUGCCGCCACGAUUUCCAGUUUGCUGACCAGUCUGGCCUCGAUGCCACUGGACAUGGCCAAGACGCGCAUCCAGCAGAUGAGAGUGAUCGAUGGCAAGCCGGAGUACAGUGGCACCAUCGAUGUCCUGAAAAAGGUGCUGAAGAACGAGGGAGCUUUCGCCAUGUGGAAGGGUUUCACUCCCUACCUUAUUCGAAUGGGUCCGCACACGGUCUUCUCAUUCGUCUUCCUGGAGCAAAUGAACAAGGCCUACACGAAGCACGUGCUCGAAGAUUCAGCAUCGGAUUCAACGACUUCUUAGUAUCCUAGCAUAGUUUUUCACCGCAGCCAGUUUCAAAUUGUCCGGGAAGCAGAAGUAGUAGUUCUGUAGUUCUGUAAAACAAUUAUUCUUAUCUUGUGUAAAAAAAAACCAUUUAACUGAAUACGAAAUUGAUUUCGGCAGUCUAAAUAAACAAUUGUAUAAUACACAGAACUAAA